ACGUUUUAAAAAUUCAGUAAGAUCACUUCGCUUCUGGUUCUCCGAGGAAAAGAAGAAAGCCACCUCGAAGCCCGGAAAAGGACGCCCGCCACCGGCAUAAACACUACGUCUCGUUUCUGUUGGUUUUACGUCCAAUUUCUUCCGCCGAAGAUGGCUUGCGGGGCGACGCUAAAGCGCUCGAUGGAGUUCGAGGCCCUCCUCAGUCCCCAGUCUCCCAAGCGGAGACGGUGCAACCCCCUACCGGGGACUCCCGGCACUCCGUCCCCGCAAAGAUGCAACAACCUCCGCGCCGCCGUGGACGGCCCGACGCACUCCGUGUCGUCGCAGAGCGUGGCGGGCGAGAACAGACUGACGCCAGAGCAGAUCUUCCAAAACCUGCGCCAGGAGUACAGCAGGAUCCAGAGGAGGCGGCAGCUGGAGGGGGCCUUCAACCAGACGGAGGCCUGCGGACCCUCCUACGCCGCCAGCCCCUCUUCAUCCCUGCACGCCCCCAGCUCCCCACCAGGCGCCUCGAGACGAGACCAGCCCUCGUUCACGCUCAAGCAGGUGAGCUACCUGUGCGAGCGCUUGCUCAAAGAUCACGAGGAGAAGAUCCGCGAGGAGUACGAACAGAUCCUUAACACAAAACUCUCAGAACAAUAUGAAUCGUUUGUGAAAUUCACACAAGAUCAGAUCAUGCGAAGAUACGGCGCCCGGCCUGCUAGUUAUGUCUCCUGAACGCACGACCGCAAGAUUCCAGCUUACUCUCCACCAUGAGAUGGCCAUUCUUCUUUGGCCCUCUACCACUUUAUUUUUCAUUUUUAUCCCCCAGAGAGACACACAGACACAGUGCCAUGGUUUAUCCGCUUUUAAUCCAAAAUUCUUGCUGCUGGCCAAAACCUAAAAAAUAUUGAAACGACCUCUGACAUGUCACCCCCGCUCGCCUACCCUCUCUGCCUCCUAUCCCCCCCUUAGGUUUCUUGUCUCUGCUCUGUGUCUCUCUCUGAAAAUGUGGACUGAAGCAGAUCCCAGUGUGUCCAAUCUCUGGCCUGGCACUGUAGACUACAAAGCUUAUUAUUCUUGUUGGCUCAUGUGAUAGAAGCUCUUUGGAAUGAGCAGCUGUAUUUAACACCUCAUGUUGUCCCCUCCUUGCUCACUCGUUCACUCCUCUAACAUGAGGAUGUGCUCUUUAGUUUUUUUGUUUCUCCCUUUUGAUGAAAAAAAUAAACGUCCUGUGAUUUUAAAUCUGA